AUGGCUUACAUACCUGCCCCCUCACCUCCCAAACAUUCACGCCCGGUUCCAGAAGAAUAUCUAAAAGAUUAUUUCCCCACUCUUGAGGCUCGAGUGAGCUGCCGCGCCGACGAUGAGCUACGAGAAACUUCUGGAAUGUAUGAAGACUGGCUCAGAAGAGGCGGGUAUGAAUGCACUGUUCCCUGGGUUCCAAACCUUGGGGGCAUUAUAGCCUUGGCUAUGCCAGAGACCGAUCCGGAAAAAAUGGCCGACGUUGGUGCUGCUAGUAGCUUUGGAUUUCUUGAAGAUAGUUUUUAUGACGGCGAUGCUUUUAGCUUUCCAGAGUUCGCCGAUAAAACAGAACCAGAAGCUCGAGAUCUUCUGGCCAAAAAGUAUCAAAAUUUAAUCAAUCAAUUGAAAUCAAAAAUCUUUUGUGAAAUGCUAGAAAAGGACAGUAACCAGAACAGAUAUGUUCAAGCCUAUGAAGAAUGGGUAAAAGCAUGCACUGAGCGGGCUGGGAACCUUGAUGGUGUAGAAUUUGAUACCUUGGAAGAAUAUAUGGAACAGAGGCUCGAUCACAUUGGCGCAAGUUGUUUCUGGAAUAUGAUGCCCCAUCUCCAUGGCUUCAACUUCACUAAAGAAGACUACCGCAAACUCAAUUGCGCCGAAAUCCUAGCCUAUCAAUUGUGUAUUCUGACAAACGAUUUAUAUUCAGCUGAGAACGAAUGGAUAGCCCAAGUUGGAAUGGACAAGCCCGGAAUUCCAACAUCCAGUUUGUACAUCAUCAUGCGUCUUCAUGACGUUUCUUUGGGCGAGGCGAAGGAAGUUCUUAAGCGUAAAUGGCUGGACAUAGAGAGUUCGUUCAUAAAAGUUCGCGAACGGUUAAUAACGGAGUGUGGACCACAUCUAGCUUUGGAAUAUGCUAGAUACCUAUCAUGUCUUCAGUAUGCGGUAGCGGGUUUAGUUAUUUUUAGUAAGGAGGGACCUCGUUAUGCUUUACAUAAAGAUCCAGGAAACAAUCCCCUCUGCCCGAGACAGGAACACAAGAUCAAGGAUCUACCGCGAAAAACACAGUCCUCGAGCAAAAACGGGGCAAAUGGGACCUCCCAUAUAAAUGGUGCACCUGCAACAGGAGCACAUAGUCUGACCAACGGACACGCUGUCGAAAAUGGCCAUGGCCACUCAGAGCUCCAAAAUGCAAGGGGAGAGCUUGCCGCUAAAACUGCUAAUGGGAUGCCAGAAAUUCGUGCGGAUAAGGCGCCUUGGUUAUCGAAAUAUACCAAGCUUUCAGACGAGGUGAACCUAGAGCCGUAUGAUUAUAUCAAAUCGAUGCCUUCAAAAAGUAUUCGUAAUGUAGCAAUUGAUGCACUUGACAUUUGGUACAUGGUCCCCCAAAGAUCGCUCGAAAUAGUCAAAAACAUCAUUGGCAUGCUCCACACUUCUUCUCUUAUCAUCGAUGAUAUCGAAGAUUGUUCUGAGUUGAGACGAGGACAGCCAUCAGCACAUAUGGUCUUCGGUAUUCCUCAAUCAAUCAAUACGGCGAACUAUUUAUUCGUUAAAUGCCUUUUUGAGGCUCAAAAACUAUCGCCUUCUGCUGUUGCAAUCUUUGAAGACGAACUCCGCAAUCUUCAUAUCGGACAGGGGCUUGAUCUCCAUUGGACAUUCCAUCAGGAAUGCCCAUCUGAAGUAGAGUAUAUCCAAAUGAUCGAUGGAAAAACCGGGGGACUUUUCAGAAUGGCGUCUCGACUAAUGAGAGACCAAGCUACUCAAAACAAGGACCUUGAAGUUGAGGACCUACUCACCCUCAUAGGUCGAUUCUUCCAAAUACGUGACGAUCAUCAAAACCUCGGAUCGGUAGAUUACGCUCGAGCAAAGGGCUCCCUUUCCGAUCUCGACGAAGGAAAAUACUCCUUCAUGCUAAUCCACGCCCUUAACAACCAAAAGCACAAUCACCAACUCAAGAGUCUCCUCCAAUUGAGAUCUCAAAAGGGAUUCCUUACCGAGGAACAAAAGGAUUUAAUAAUGAAGGUUAUGGGAAGAUCUAACAGUAUGGAGUAUACCGCAAUGGUCCUAAAAGAGAUAAGCAUGGAAGUAGAAGUAAAGCUGGGGUAUAUAGAAGCCCAGCUUGCAGAGAGAGGGUUUAAGGAAGAUAAGAAUUGGAUGAUUCGCGCUAUUAUGACGAGGUUGAAGUUACCCGAUCCAAUAACGGAAUCUCUUAUGAAGUAG